AUGAAAUCGAAUGCCAUUCUAUUAUCCGCGCUGGUCGCGUCCGCCUCAGCACUCCCUCACAAACAGCAAGAUGAAGUCUGGAAAAAUCUCCGAUCCAAUAUCAAGCACGUCGUCUACCUCAUGAUGGAGAACCACUCCUUCGACAACAUCGCCGGAUACUGGGACUUCCACCCGGAUAUCGACAACCUGCGCAACGUCACCUACUGCAACGAAUACACCAACCCCAACUGGACGGUAUGGGACGAGCCCCUUGACAUCUGCGCCGGGCCCUUCGAGACCGAGGUGCCGCUCGCCGACCCGGACCACGAAUUCGCCGGCGUCACCUACCAGAUCUAUCGGAAGUGGGAUGUCACGAACGACGACGUCCCCAACAUGGCAGGGUUCAUUGAGCGACAGUCGGAGAAGUAUAGCGCCACGCCCGGGGAGGCCUCGUUCGUCAUCAAGGCGUACAAUGAGAAGAAGUCGGAGACGCUGGCGGAGCUUGCGAAGAAUUUCGCCUUCUGGGAUUCCUACUUCGCGGAGCACCCCGGGCCUACGAACCCAAAUCGACAGUUUGCGACCUCGGGUUCGACCUGUGGGCACCUGGAUAAUAAUAACCAAGCCGCCGGGUUCUAUAACAAUGUCACUGGGACGACGUGCGCAACUUCGAUCUUUGAGUCAUUGAGCAAUAGGGGGAUUAGCUGGAAGAACUACUAUGAAACAGACAUCGUCGACGGAUGGAUGUACAAGUGGGUUCAAGACAACGCCGUGGACCGCCUCGCCCACGCCAGUGACUUCUACCAGGACUUAGAAGAGGGAACCCUGCCCACCUUCUCCUACAUCAACCCAGAAUGCUGCACCAUUGACUCCAUGCACCCGAAGAGCAACAUGGCGGCAGGGGAGCAGCUAAUCAAGCACGUCUACGACGCGGUGCGGAAGUCCAAGUACUGGGAUAAUGUCUUGAUCAUCAUCAACUUUGACGAACACGGCGGCUUCGCAGACCAUGUUCCGCCGCCGGCGAACGUCCCUCGACCUGACGAUCAGAUCAUGUUCGAAGGGGAGUCGGAGGGCCACUACAUCAGUUAUGAUUUCACUCGUCUUGGUGUCCGCGUCCCUGCCUUCCUAAUCUCCCCCUACAUCGAGCCCAACACGCUCAUCCACGACCAAGGCACCAUGUACGCCGAGGACUCGGCCUACACGCACAGCUCCAUCCUGCACUUCCUGCAGGAGCUCUGGGGCCUGGAGGGGCUGAACAAUCGCGUGCAGUGGGCCAAGACGUUCGAGCAUGUAUUCUCGAGCAAGAAACGCAGCGAUACACCGAAGAGCCUGACGACGCCGGUGUGGUACGGGGGAAGCUGGGAGCCGAAGCCGGAGCCGUUCUAUCUGUUGAAUCAGGACGAGAGUUAUUACGCGAAUCUGUGA